GAUACACUGAGGGGUCGUAGGGCUACCUGUUGUGUUCAACUUAAACAUGGGGAUAACGGUAGAAAUUCAUAAAGAUGGAUGUGCUUUACUGACCAUGAGAAACGGAGAAAAUCGAUGGAAUCUUACAACACUUAAACAGUUAAAUGACGCUCUGGAUGAAGUUGAGAGGAGUAAAUCUGUCCGUAUAUUGGUGACAACAGGGGAAGGAAGAUUUUACAGUAAUGGCAUCGACUUAGACUUUUUACUGCAAGUAGGGAGGGGAAGCAGUGAGUGGCAGCAGUUCUUUACUGUUCUCUUAGAUACUCUAUGGAGAGUCAUGCACUUUUCAGUUCCAACUGUGGCAGCAAUAAAUGGACAUUGUUUUGCUGGCGGAGCUUUCUUGGCAAUUUGUCAUGACUACAGGGUAAUGCGGUCUGAUCGAGGAUGGAUUUCAUGGAAUGAAACCUUAAUUAGCUCUCGGAUUCCAAAAUUUCUCAUCGAGAUUUUAGAACGGAAGCUUGAUGCUGAUGCCAAAAGAGAAUCAGUUAUAUUUGCAAAAAGAUUAACAGGCCCAGAAGCUGUAAACCUAAAGAUUGUGGACGGGGUUGUACCAGAGGCGAAUCUGAUUUCUGAAAGUAAAAGCCUUGGCUUUGGAGCCCUUGGUAAAAAUAACAUUAAAAGAGUAGACCUACAAAAUAUGAAGAAAGACAUGAUUCCUCGCACAAUGAGUGUCACAAAAGCUAAUCUUUAAAGAAUGAGUAAUAAGUACGAUAUGAAGAUUAUUUCUCUUUCAUAUUCCUGUUAUCAUACUCUGAAUAUUAGAGUCAAUUAGUAAUAAUGACAUGCUAAUAUACAAUAAAGUUCAUGUAAUAAAGCAUUGUUAAAUCAUGCAUGAUGUUUAUUAAUAUUUUUAUAUAUGAAAUGAUUUAAUUUGUGACAUUCCAUUAAAAGGGGUUCCACAUGAUAUGUUCUAAAUUUUAACUGCAUGUGUAACUUGCAGCAGCUACGUUAACGGUGAUUUCUCUGUUUGUACAAUUGAAAUCUAUUCAUCAAGUUUCAGGCAAAAUUUCCAUGCAUCUAUCUCUAUAUGUAUUAAUGAUUAAUGAAUAAAA